AUGCAGUAUACUACCCCGCGUCCGGACUUUGUCCAAUCUCAGCAGCACCCUCCAAGCUUUCUUCUACGCCCACGUCCACGAUUUUGCAUCCUGCGUCCGGGAGGCUUUUGGACGCCUCUUAUCGCACUCGACGAGUUACCUUCUUGGUUGGAGGUUUGCAACUGGGCCCCUGACAUGUAUAUGGGAAUGUACCCGGCGUCCAUGACAUUUAUACCACGAGAAGGGGAAUAUGACGUUGUCUGUCAUCACUGCUCGCACGGUGUGGACUCACUGCACCAGAGCGUCUCACGAAAUGAUUCUCCUGUGGCUGCCAAUAAGCCCUGCCCGACCAAAGACUGUCAGGAACAACCCGGCUCACCAAGUACCCAGCACACUGAGGCUGUUUCCUUGCCUACGGUGCUCCAUCAUGCCCCCCCAAGCCACUUCUUGGAGCAGCCUCCUUUCAGUGCGAUCCUUCAGGCGCCUUUUGUUGGAAUGUGUGUGCUUGACAUGAACUCACAUUAUCCGGAUAUUGCAUCAGGCCCUGCUGGAAUGCAACGACGUAUGAGCAUCGAGAACUCGCUUCCUCCUCACAUCUUUGGAACAGUCGGCGUUGGCAGCCCUCCUCUGUCCACGACCAACUCGGUGAACACUCGCAGGCCUGAGUCCCCUUAUCCACAUGCACAUGAUGGACCGUUUGCCAAGCCCCAGCGCGUUGCAUCCCUACAAAACGAAAGCGUUGCAUCAAUGCAAAGUGGAAGCGUUGCGUCCACUCGAUCUCUCACAGUUGCUGCCAUCGAGCAAAUGAAGAGAAUGCGAAGAAGAAAGCUCUCCCGUGGAAGCAGUUUGUAUGCCAGUAUCAGUGUUGCAGAAGCAAAGAGUCUCUCUCAAGUCUCAGACUCAAAGGUGUCAAAGGUUUCCAAGGCGAACUCCAAGGUCUCCAAGAUCUCCUCCAUCCGUGUUAUCUCAAGACAUCAUCGAAAGGUUAUACUGCGUCGUCGACGCGCGGAAGAAAGAAAGUUCCAAGAAUCACCGUUAUCGAUUUCAAUGGAAGCGCUGAACCUGAAGCCAGAGCAACCGAAUUCGGCUACCAAGAGACGCGAUCGACGUGAGCGCAUGAUGCAACGCAGGAAGCAAUCCGAUCGUGGCAAGCAGCCAUAUCGAAACAUGAUGCGGAUUCCCAAUUGGAGCCCGGGUAUGUGCAAGCACUGA